AUGAUUGAUAUCGAUAUCGAUGAUUCUCAUGAACCUACAAAUUUUGAUAUUCUUUUAACCGAUGUUUGCGGUAAAGAUCUUCACGAAAAAAUAUCGGCAAAACUUGGAAUCAAAUAUCUUUCGGACUCCUCACAAGAAUUUAAUGAUGAUAUUAAUGGAAUUCUAUAUGGUAACCACUACCGACUUUUUUGCGCAACGACGGUAAAAAUCAAGAAGAAGAUCAAGAUUGUACACUUCCUCAUAGAUAUCUGCGAGGAUGUAUUAAAUUCAUUCGGUGUGUCUUCUACCGAUCCAAGUCAAAAGAUUAUUGCACGAAUUCAUAAUAGAAAAUUUCCCGUUAUUAAGUCACCAACUAAAUCGCACUUCAGUGAAAUAAAUGUUCUAGGAAUGGAGUUUAUGAAAGUAUAUGAUGCAGAACUAAACGUUUAUUUCGAAAAGGAGUGCUUUUCUUUAAAAUUUGAUCAAGUUGAGGAUUAG